AUUUGCUGCCUAGAUUUUAUAUCAAAAUAGUAUAUGAAUUUUUUUUUUCUUUUGUGUGCUAACUAUGAAUAACUAAAUCUAAACUAUAGGAGUAUAAUAUUUUUCAUAGCUUCUGAUAGCACAGAUAUUUUCGUAGCUAACUGUAAAGUCGAAAAUUUUCAGUCCCGGAGAAUAGCUGCAAACAGAGAGACUCUCGGAAUCUCCGUCCAGAUCUGGCCAUGAAGGAAUAAUCCUUCACUGAGAUUCAUAUAAUCACAAAGGCGGAGGAGGAAAGUAAAGAGGAGUUGGUAGAGAAGAUGGUGAUGGUGAAGGAGGCGGAAGCGAAUGCUGUAGCGGUGUCGGUGCAGAAGAAUAUGGAUGUGGAGGUGGAGGAGACAGAGGUAAAUGUGAUGUUGAUGGCGGAGGCGGUGGGGUGGAGCAGUAACGGUGAUGGGUGUACCGGCGAAGGAAAAAAAGAUUUAACCGGACGAUAAACCCUAAGACACAGCCGCCAUGAGCCACUGAAGACUGAAGCGUUGAUAUCAACUGGAGAAAAAGAAAAGAAAAGAAAAGGAUAUUGAUGAUGGCGGAAGAGGAGGCCGGGGAUCUGAAAGGUAAGAGAACGUCAGAGUCCAAAGAAUCAUCAUCAGAGAAGAAGCAAAAGCGUAGGAAGAAGGAUGACUCUUUUGAAGAUUCGAAAGAGGAGGAUGAAGAUUCAAAAAAAGGAAAAUGAAGAGAUUAAUCUCUCCUCCUUAAGUGAGAUUACUUCACUUCUUAGAGGAGCUCAUGAGCUUUUACUCACUACAGCAGAGAAGUUGCAAACAAAAAAAAAGCCAAUGAGAAGGAACCUGAAUCUUCUGAUUAAUGUUCUAAGUAUAUUGAACAUAGUAUACAAGAAGAAUCAGAUUGUGAAACCCUGCUACACCCAGAAAGACUGUGUAUCUCAAAUAUGCCCCCUAAAACAACAAAAACUGAUGUUUUAGCAUUCUUACAAGAGAAGGGCCAGGGUCCUGUUGUCAAAGUGAAAUUAGUUAAACAAAAAGCCAAAGAAGAUGAGAAUGCAAUGGCAGGUUAUGUUGUGUUCAAAUCUCAUUCAGAUGCAAAAAAGGCUGUUGAGUUGAAUGGGGAAUUAAUGAGCUUCAAGAACUCAAAAUCUCGCCAUGUUUAUGUUACGAGGACAACGAACUCGCGAAGAACGAUAUUUGUUAGUGGCUUUAAGAGCGAUCUGGCUGAAGAUGACAUAAGAAAACAACUUAAAGAGAUACUUGCUCCAAAGGUAAUUAAGGUCUUUCUUCCAAAAGACUUAGGUUUUGCCUAUGUUCUCCUUUCAAGUAUGACUACAAGGUUGAAGAAGGCAGUAAAGAAGGGUUCCAUCAUCUGGAAUGGUGAUAAAAUCUAUGUUAGGGAUGUUAGACUUCAAGAACAGUUCAUGAAGGCCAAGGAGAAUGACUAAGAAGACUCGGCUGAAACAUGCACUAGAUUAACAUGUUUUUUUUGGGGCAAAAAGACAGUAUAGUAAGAUGUGAUCGUCAGUAGAUUGAUUGUAGAGACCCAAGAUGUAUUGAGUUAACAAAUAUUUUUCGCCUUUUAAAGCGAACACUUGGAAAGUAGGUAAUAGCUAGUUCUUAAAA